AGAUGACAUACUGUCAUGCAUGGUCACCAGUUUAUUGAUCUUUGAUAUUUGGGUAAAUCUUACCAUUUUGACUUGGAUUCACACAGAAUUUAAUUACCGGAAAAGACAGAAUUUUGCUGAGAGACACUGAUUUUUGCUCCUUCUUCUUCUUCUUCCUUUUUACCCUUUGUUCGUCGGCAAUCCUCUGUUUCUGUAGUUUCAUGUUUGAUUAAUGGUGAGUCUCUGAGAUGCACUGUGCUCUUUCUGUCUAUACACUCAGAGAACUGUCAAUAGUUGGUUUAAUUAUUGCAAUCUGAAAGCAGUGUUCUGAGCAUUUUGUGAUCCAUGUCUAGGAAGAAGUGCACUUCUUUAUUUCUUAUCUAUAACUCUACAGAGCUAUAGAAACUUCAUUCCUUUCUGUGCUUUUUUCUCUUUUAGUUUGUCAUUUGUCUGGAAACUGAAUUAUGAUCGCUAUUUUGUUAAUGAGAAGCUCAGCUAAAUUUGAAAUUUAGAGACAAAAUGGAAAAUCACUCUCCUAAUUUCCUUGAGACUUGUUAUGAUGGUGCUUCUGAAGUGCAUUUUAUGGUCUAGAAGGCGAUAUUUAUUGAACUAAGCUACUUUUCAUUGAUCUUAUUAUUUUCAUCCAUUUCAACCUGCUCGAUAAUAAUAUUGUGGGCCUGUGGCUCGCUAUAAACAAAACUGCCUUAGCAAAUUUUCAAGUCAUUCAUGAUAUAGGACAUCCAAGAUAUGAAAUCUUAAUAACCUGUCCAUUACCUGUUAGCCAUGUGCAUGGUCCUGGGUCUUGUGGGUUCUAGCUCAUUUUCCUUCAUUCAAAGUGAUAUAGAAUGUGGAUGCUGAAUAGAACUCGUUUAGGAUUCAUCUAGUCAGUUUAUGCCUCUUUUGUUCACCCUCAGUAUCCUUUCUUUUGAAGGUCCUCAUCUCUUUUUCUCAAUAGAUGUGAUCUUGAACUUUUACCCUCCACUGAUGUAUGUAAUUCUAUUCCACUAAUGUCUUAAAACCUAGCAGUUUUUUCUUUGGUUGAAUCAAACCUAGCAGUUGAUCUACUGCCUUAUGAGUUACAGCUGAGGCAGCUUUGGCAUGCCUCUAUUAUCAUGAGAUGUUUGUCCUUCGAUUCACCCAAAGCACUUGCUAAGAUUUUGUCUUCACAACUUCGGGUCUUACUAUAAGUGCUAACUGCAAUUGCAUAGCAACAAUUUGCUUCAUGGAGAAUCUCCUGGCCACUGGACAGUCUUGGCCAAGGGGGACCAUAUCAGCAAAAUUCUGUGGAAUUAACGGUUUUCUUUUGAUUUUUCUUGUAUCUUAACUCGAGUUGGAAAUCAUACAUUUCUGUCACCUGUUGAUUGAAAAAAAGGGGAAAGACGCAGUCACAUUCUUCAUUCAAAGCUAUACUUCCAAAGAGAGAAUGUCACAGGACGAGUUAACAGACCAUGAGAGGGAGGAAAUAGAUUAUGCAAUUGCCCUUUCACUUGCAGAAGAAGAUCAGAUAGGAAAAAAUUUCAUCGGUAAAUCACCAAACUAUGAUGAAUAUAAAUCCAAAUACGUUCAAGCUUCUAAAGCUCAGCAAGAAAAAGACAAACAUCAUUCUACAGCUCAAUCGGGAGGAUGAACUACUGGAAAAAGCUCUCCAGGAAAGCUUAAAUGUAGAAGAUCCAUCAAGUCACCGUAAUGGAAAUUCAUUUCAACUUCAUACAAUUUCAUCUUCAGGCUGGAGAAUCUGUGCUGGUUGCAAGAGUCAGAUUGGUCCUGAAGAUUAUAAGAGUUAUAUGGGUGCUGAUUGGCAUCCAGAAUGCUUUCGCUGCCACGCAUGUGGUCUUCCAAUUGCAGAUCUCGAGAUUUCAGCAUCCAGGGACCACCUCUAUCAUGAAUCAUGCUACAGAGAACACCAUUAUCUAAGAUGUGACAUUUGCAAGAAUUAUCUCCCAGGAAACAACAAAGGAUUUGAGUACUCGGUUCAUCGUUUCUGGAUGCAAACAUAUUGCCAAGCACAUGAGCAAGAUGGGACUCCAAUCUGUUGUAGUUGUAACAGGAUGGAACCAAGAGACAUGAGAUGCUUGUUGCUGGAUGAUGGUCGAAAGCUAUGUCUAGAAUGUCUAGACUCUGCGAUUAUGGAUACCGAAGCAUGUCAACCUCUUUAUCUUGAAUUACAAGGAUUCUAUCAACGUAUGAAUAUGAAAGUGGACCAGCAGAUUCCUCUACUCUUGGUACCAAGACAAGGGCUGAAUGAAGCAAUGGAAGGAGAACUGAAUGGACAUCAUCGCCCAGAUGAAACUAGAGGACUGUGCGUAACAGAAGGACGGAAUGUUCCCAAUGUUACCCAAAGGCCUAGAAUUGGAGUAGGCAACCAAUUUACGGAUAUUAUAACUGAACCUUAUAAGCCGGUUAAUGCAAUCCUCGUUUUGAAUGGCCUACCAAGGCUGUUGACAGGCUCAAUCCUUGCCCAUGAGAUGAUGCAUGCUUGGCUUCAACUAGAAGGUUAUCCUAACCUUAGUAUAGAGGUUGAAGAAGGCAUUUGUGAAGUUUUGGCUCAUAAGUGGUUGGAUUCUGAGAUCUAUUCAAGCUCCACCAAUGAUGUUUUCUCAUCCUCAUUGCUGUCAUCUUCCUCUUCGUCAACAACAUUGAAAAAUGGAAAAUAUUCAGACUUUGAGAUACAACUUGGCAAAUUUUUAAUGCAUAAAAUAAAGACUGAACCUUUAAUAGCCUAUGGAGAGGGAUUCAAGUUAGGAAACAAGGCUGUGGAGAAGCACGGCCUUAAGGAAACUCUCGAUCACAUUCGACUGACAGGGACCUAUCCACUGUGAUUUAUUAAGUGGCUGUCUGUGGAACUUUGGUUUUCAGUGAUUAGUCACCUUGCAUUAGCGACUUAAUACCGCACAGGCAAGAGCAUUAGAAGAUUUUAUGAUUAAAUCAGCAUUGAAUUUUGCCUGACGUUUAUAUAGCAGAAGUCAGAACUAGAGGUAUAGUACAAAUAUGAUAUUUUUCUUUGUAAAGUAACAGAAACGGUGUGGUGGAAGUGCCUACGCAUAUGCUUGUGUGAUUUUUUUACUGGUUGAAAUGCCAAUGUAUCUCAUCUUGCAGAGUUGCUGCAUCAGUUCUUGAGGAAUUA